GAGCCAUCCAUGAGGACGUCGGCUUGGCAGAUUUGAAGCGUCGCUUGUAGGAAACCUGUCUUUCUCCCCAUCCCCAUCCCCCCUUUCCAUCGCCCCUCUACCCUGUCAGUCAUCGCCCCACCCCGCCCUCCACCAUGCUUAUCAAGGAGUACCGCAUCCCCAUGCCCAUGAGUGUGGAGGAGUACCGCAUUGCCCAGCUCUACAUGAUCCAGAAAAAGAGCCGCGAGGAGAGCUGCGGCGAGGGCAGCGGCGUGGAAAUCCUAAAGAACAAACCGUACACGGACGGACCGGGCGGCACUGGCCAAUACACCCACAAGGUUUACCACAUUGGCAUGCACAUUCCCAGCUGGUUCCGCUCCAUCCUGCCCAAAGCGGCGCUGAGGGUGGAAGAGGAGUCUUGGAAUGCUUACCCUUACACCCGCACGCGGUACACGUGUCCCUUCGUGGAGAAGUUCUCCAUCGACAUCGAGACGUACUACAUGAGCGACACCGGCAACCAGCCGGACGUUUUCAAUAUGUCGGCCGCCGACAAAAGGCAGAGGACAGUCGACCCUAUUGAUAUAGUAACGGAAGCCAUCGCUCCCCACGAGUACAAGGCAGAGGAGGACCCGCGGCUGUACAAGUCGGCCAAGACCCAGCGGGGCCCCCUGCUGGACGACUGGAUAGAAGAGUACAACAACAACCCGGGCAGGAUGCCCAUCAUGUGCGCCUACAAGCUGUGCAAGGUGGAAUUCCGCUACUGGGGAAUGCAGUCCAAGAUUGAGAGAUUCAUCCAUGAUGUUGGACUAAGAAAGGUAAUGGUACGCGCCCACCGGCAGGCCUGGUGCUGGCAAGACGAGUGGUACGGUCUGACCAUGGAAGACAUCAGGCAGCUGGAGCUGGAGACCCAGCUGACCCUGGCCAAGAAGAUGGCGCAGUUCUGCCAGGUGGAGGAGGCCACCGAAGCCAACGGGGACACGCCGCCUGCGGUCAAGGAGCAGGAGGCCAAGGAGGCGGCAGAGGCGGAGGUGACGGUCAGCGGCUCGGCUACCAACACGCUGCAGCCUCGCGGCGUGCUCACCAAGCAGUGGUCCACCUCCUCCCGCUCCUCCCGCUCCUCAAAACGAGGAGUGAGCCCGUCCCGACACAGCAUUUCAGAGUGGAGGAUGCAGAGUAUCGCGCGGGACUCGGACGACAGCUCGGACGAAGAGUUCUUCGACGCUCACGAGGAUUUCUCAGAUAGCGAGGAGGUCUUACCCAAGCAAAUCACCAAGUGGAAUUCCAACGACCUCAUGGACAAAAUCGAGGCUCCCGACAUGGAAGAAACCGCCGGCGACAUGACGGUGGACUACGACAGGACGGCCGGCGGGGAACGACUAGAUGAGGACAGCUCGUCCCAGCAGUGCCUGCAGCCCUCCAAGAUCCACGUGCUCAUCCUGGUGCUCCACGGUGGCAACAUCCUGGACACGGGCGGCGGCGAACACAGCGGCAAGCAGGCCGACGUCAACACCAUCGGCGCCGCCUUCGAUUCCGUCAUGCGCGUCCACUACCCGGCGGCUCUGGGCCGCCUCGCCGUCCGCCUGGUUCCGUGUCCCGCCAUCUGUGCCGAAGCCUUCUCCCUGGUGUCCAACCUGAGUCCGUACGGCUACGACGAAGGCUGUCUGUCCAGCAGCCAAGAUCACAUCCCGCUGGCGGCCCUCCCCCUGCUGGCCACGUCUGCGCCUCAGUACCAGGAAGCCGUGGCCACCGUCAUCGUCAGAGCCAAUCAGGUCUACGCCGAUUUCAUCAAAUCUCUGGACGGCGCCGCCUUCUCCGGCCAGGUCUGCCUCGUCGGGGACUGUGUGGGAGGAAUACUCGGGUUCGACGCUCUGUGCAGCAGCACCCAGACUGUCAACGAAAGCCAGAACAGCAGCCGGAGGGGCAGUCUCGUCAGCGUACAGGACCAGGACCUCCUGUCGCCGGGCACCAUUAUCAACUGCGGGCAGGGGUCGGCUUCACCCACCCUGGAAGGCAGCCGGCAUCUAAGUCGCAGCAACAUUGACAUCCCGCGAAGCAUCUCGAGCGACGAGAGCAAGAAGCAUCAGCUGCAGCGCAAGAGAAGUGACUCGUCCACCUACGAGCUGGACACCAUCAAGCAGCACCAGGCUUUCCUGUCCAGCUUGCACUCCAGCAUCCUGCGGGGUGACGGGGCAUCGCGCAGGUCCAGCAGCAGCACCAUGCUCGACGGAAGCGCGUUGGGCAAACUGGACUUUGAAGUCUCUGACUUUUUCCUCUUCGGCUCGCCGUUGGGUCUGGUGCUAGCCCUGAGAAAGACGGUCAUCCCCAUGCUGGACGUGGCCCAGCUCCGACCCGCAUGUCAGCAGGUAUACAACUUGUUUCAUCCGGCCGAUCCUUCCGCCUCGCGCCUGGAGCCUCUUCUGGAGAAGAAGUUCCACCUGUUGCCUCCCUUCAAUGUGCCGCGCUACCAACGCUUCCCUCUAGGGGACGGAAAUUCCACUCUGCUGGUGGAGACAGUCCAGAGCAACGCUCCGCUGCUUCUUGACAGCGGGCCGCCCGUGUUGCUUCGCUGUCAAGAGACCAUCAGCGAGACGUGCAUCCCCGUCCCCGUGCUUAACUGGCAGGAGGGCGCCCUCAAGGCUACACCCGCCACUCCCGAGUCGGAUGUUGUUCAGUCUCAUGGUGGUGUCUUCAUGGACAGUUCGUACCCCUCAUCCCCCAUCAUGGGCCCCUUCUCCCGGGGCCAGCGGCGCGCCAGUGAGGUCAGCAUUGCCAGCCAGGUGUCAGGAAUGGCAGACAGUUACACUGCCAGCAACAUAGCCAACACUCAGACAGACUCGUUUAGUCAGUCCAAAAUUUCUGGCCUUUUAUCCCAGCUGGCCCUGUCAUCCCAAAACAAAUUCUUCUUGAAAAGCCCCCCCAAAUCCCGCAAGAAACUCAAAGACCCCACAGACGAGAAAGAUGGGGAGCCCAUGCUGUGCGACAAUCAAAGUGUAGGAUCCGACACUUGCAUGUCUCCUGGCCUGCACAGAGCCAUGUGCGAUCUGAUCUCGCUGGAUUCCCAGACGGAGGUGGACCAAGUUGCAGCUCGCUGGUGGGGCACCAAGCGCAUGGACUUUGCACUCUACUGCCCCGACGCGCUGACCGCCUUCCCCACUGUGGCGCUGCCGCAUCUUUUCCACGCGUCCUACUGGGAGUCCACCGACGUGGUGUCAUUCCUCCUCAGACAGGUUAUGAGGCACGACAACUCCAGUAUCCUCGAACUGGACGGCAAAGAAGUGUCCGAGUUCAAGCCGUCCAAACCUCGCGAAAAGUGGUUGCGCAAGAGGACUCACGUCAAGAUCAGGAACGUGACGGCCAACCACCGCGUCAACGAUGCUGUGUUCACCGAGGACAGCCAGCAGACGGUGACCGGUCGCUUCAUGUACGGCCCCCUCGACAUGGUCACGCUGGCCGGCGAGAAGGUGGACCUUCACGUCAUGACUCAGCCUCCGUCGGGAGAAUGGAUUUACUUCAACACCGAGGUGACCAACAGCAGCGGCCGCGUAUCUUUUGUCAUUCCUGACGACAAGCGUCUGGGCGUCGGCGUCUACCCUGUCAAGAUGGUUGUCAGGGGCGACCACACGUUUGCCGACAGCUACCUGACGGUGAUCCCUCGCGGCACCGAGUUUGUGGUUUUCAGCAUCGACGGCUCCUUCGCCGCCAGCGUGUCCAUCAUGGGCAGCGACCCUAAAGUGCGGGCGGGGGCCGUGGAUGUCGUACGGCACUGGCAAGAUUUGGGCUACCUGAUCAUCUACGUGACGGGCCGACCGGAUAUGCAGAAGCAGAGAGUGGUCGCCUGGUUGUCACAGCACAACUUCCCGCACGGCAUCGUGUCCUUCUGCGACGGCCUGGUGCACGACCCGCUCAGGCACAAGGCCAACUUCCUCAAGUCGUUGACCGAGGCCAACAUGAAGAUAUUUGCUGGCUACGGGUCCAGCAAGGACAUCUCCGUGUACAGCUCCAUCAACUUGCAUCCGUCGCAGAUCUUCAUUGUUGGUAGACCCUCCAAGAAGAUGCAGCACCAGUGUCAGUUCAUCACGGAGGGUUACGCGUCCCACCUGUCCCAGCUUGAGCACAACCGCCGCUCACGCCCGGCCAAGUCCAGCAGCACCCGCAUGGUCCUGCGCAAGGGCAGCUUCGGCCUGGGCGCCAACAGCGAGUUCUUGCGCAAACGCAACCACCUGUUGCGCACCAUCUCCUCGCAGCCCGCACCCAGCUCGCCCACGGCGGGUGGCGUCGGCGGCGUCCACAGCCGUCCCGAGCGUACGCAGAGUCAGUCGGACGGUGAGCGUGGAGCCGGCCACGCCCACAGCCAGGGGGCGGCACAGCGCAGCAUGAGCAUCACGGCGGGCUGCUGGGGUCGCAGCAGCACCACCAAAAUGGAGGCCGGGGCACUCAAUCCCAAAUAAGUAAGUGGCUACGGUUAGGGAUGCAAAAAAAAAUGCAAGUAGUUGAUGCCUCCUUGCAUUUAAAAAAAAAAAGUCUACAAUUGCCUUUAUAGUCAGCCUCCUGGGUUCCUUUCCAGACACAAAUUUGGUUGUGUAUUUUUAAUUUUACCCCUUCCACACACUUGAGAAACAUUUCAACUUAUUAAAACACUUAAUUCACACAAUGACACCAAAAUCCUGUGCUUUGGCACCUUUUAGUGGCAAAAACUAAUGUUUUAGUCCUCCCCAAAACACAACAAAAAAUGAUGACAUACAGAUUCAAAAGAUGAAUACACAGAUGACAUUAUUCAUAAUGAUCAUGAAAUACAUAAAUAUCACAAAUUGUGAAAUAUUUUUACUUAAAUUUCUUAAAAACGACCCACGUGUAUGUAUGCAAUCGUGUGUGAAUAUCAAAGGAACUAUGAGGAAAAGUAGCCGUUUGGCGCCAUCCUGUCGCGUCUAAAGGCAAUUGUAACCGUUUUUAACCGUCAUUUACUUGUGUUUAUGGGAGGGGGGGUCUGUCUUAACAAAUGAAAUCAGAAACGUGUCAGAAUUUACACGUUAAUGCCAUUUCAACUUUAUUGUACCCAUCAAAAGAAAUGGCUUACAGACGAUUUGGUCUGUGUGAACAUACCACAAACUCUCCACUAGCACCCAGGCUAAAUUUAGCUCCCCAACCAUACAAAACUCAUCCAAGUGGAGACGCAUCACUUCAACACCAAAUCUUCUUUGGACAGUACUUCAGCGCCGUCGUUUGACAUCGUAUGGAAAGAGCCAAAAGAAAAACACUCCACAUGCGAGGAAUUACUAUACCUCUUUCAGGUUUGGCGCAUCAAUCAUGAAUUUUCUUUCUUUUUUUUUUUAUGCCACUGGGUCCAAAAUGCUGUAAAAUUAUGCUCCGAACUUGCAAGCACAACACAGACUUAUAGUGGAAUAGAUUCAGAGAUGAAAACUGGAUUUGCUGUACCCUUUUUCCACCACAAAAAUCCUUGUCACGUCAAGGAAAUCAAUUCUGACCCUUUAACUGCAUGACAACCCGCUCACAUUUUUACAUGUUUGGGCUGCACUGAGGGAACAAAAAAAAA